UCCGAGCCGGGCUGGAGCCGCCCCGCCGUGUCCCCGCCGUGUCCCCGCCGUGUCCCCGCGAUGUCACCGCGCUCCGCCCGCCUGGCGCGGCUGUCGCGCUCCGUCACCUUCAGCGCCUGCCACCGCCUGCACAGCGAAUCCCUGAGUGAUGAGGAGAACCUGAAGCUGUUUGGGAAGUGCAACAAUGCAAAUGGCCACGGGCACAACUACAAAGUUGUGGUCACGGUGCGUGGAGAGAUUGACCCAGUCUCGGGGAUGGUGAUGAACCUGACAGACCUGAAGGAAUUCAUGCAGGAAGCGAUCAUGGAGCCACUGGACCACAAAAACCUGGACAAGGAUGUGCCCUACUUCUCUGAGGUGGUGAGCACCACAGAGAACGUUGCUGUGUUCAUCUGGGACAACCUGCAGAAGCUGCUGCCCCAGGGAAUGCUGUACAAAGUGGAAGUGCAGGAGACAGAGCAGAACGUGGUGGUGUACAAGGGGGAGGAGACCAUUGUGAAGUGAGAGCAGCCUCAGCAGAGAUGCUCCAAAAUCAGCUGGGUGCAUCCCUGGCCAGCGCUUCCUGCAGCCAGCCCUGCCUUCUGUGUCACAGAUGUUUCACAAGCAGCAAUUUGCCCAUCUGCCUCCUCAGGAUGAGUUGGUUUCUCUGCUUUUUCUCAAGACCUUCCUGUUUUGCCAAGCUGAUGUGAAAUUCAGAAUUGUGCCGUGGUAAAUAAAGCAGCCUUGGAGGGGGGAGGUGGCCUGGCAAAACCACAGAAGUCUCUGCUUUCUGUCUAAAUUAAAUAAUUAAUUUAUUACAUUUAA